CAGCUCCUCUGCUGAGGAAGUAGGAAGUUGUCUCUAGUGUUGUACCUCGUGCUCCGUUGUGGGGAGAGCGUGAGUGAGCUCGGCAGCUACACCAUGAAUGCAGUGACCUAUGAAGAUGUGCAUGUCAACUUCACUCGGGAAGAGUGGACAUUGCUGAAUACUUCCCAGAAGAAUCUCUACAAAGAUGUGAUGCUGGAGACCUACAGGAACCUCACUAUUAUAGGAUACAGUUGGGAAGACCAUAAUAUUGAAGAACAUUAUCAAAGUUCUAGAAGACAUGAAAGGCAUGAAAGAAGUCAUACGCAAGAGAAACCUUCUGAAUAUAGUCAAUGUGUUAAAGCUUUUGCAUAUCAUAGUCAUCUUCCAAGGCAUGGAAGAACACAUACUGGAGAGAAACCCUGUGAAUGUAAUCAAUGUGGUAAAGCCUUUGCACACAAGAGUAGUCUCCAAGUCCAUAAAAGAACUCACACUGGAGAGAAACCCUAUGAAUGUUAUCAGUGUGGUAAAGCCUUUGCAUGUGACAGUAAUCUCCGAGUACAUAAAAGAAUACAUACUGGAGAGAAACCCUAUGAAUGUGAUGAAUGUGGUAAAGCCUUUGCACGUCUUAGUAAUCUACAAAUACAUAACAGAACACAUACUGGAGAGAAACCUUAUGAAUGUAAUCAAUGUGGUAAAGCCUUUGCACGUCUUAGUCAUCUUGAAAUCCAUAAAAGAACACAUACUGGAGAGAAACCCUAUGAAUGUAAUCAAUGUGGUAAAACAUUUACCCGUCCCAGUAGUGUUCAAAUGCAUAAAAGAACACAUACUGGAGAGAAACCCUAUGAAUGUAAUCAGUGUGGUAAAACCUUUGCUUGCCACAGUAGUCUCCGAAUACAUAAAAGAACACAUACUGGAGAGAAACCCUAUGAAUGCAAUCAGUGUGGUAAAGCCUUUACACAUCAUUCUCAUCUUCAAGUGCAUAAAAGAACACAUACUGGAGAGAAACCUUAUGAAUGUAAUCAGUGUGGUAAAGCCUUUAAUCAUCACAAUCAUCUUCAAAUACAUAAAAGAACACACACUGGAGAAAAACCCUAUGAGUGUAAUCAAUGUGGUAAAGCCUUUGCAUAUCAUAGUAGUCUUCGAAUACAUAGACAAACACACACUGGAGAGAAAUCCUAUGAAUGUAAUCACUGUGGUAAUGCCUUUGCACAUCUUAGUACUCUUCAAAGGCAUGAAAGAACACAUACUGGAGAGAAACCCUAUGAAUGUAAUCAAUGUGGUAAAGCCUUUGCACGUCAUAGUCAUCUUCAAAGUCAUGAAAGAAUACAUACUGGAGAGAAACCCUAUGAAUGUAAUCAGUGUGGUAAAGCCUUUGUAUGUCAUAGUCAUCUUCAAAGGCAUAAAAGAACACAUACUGGAGAGAAACCCUAUGUAUGCAAUCAGUGUGAUAAAACCUUUGCAUGUAUCAGUAGUCUUCGAAAUCAUGAGAAAAAAUCAUACUGCAGAGAAACUCUAUAAAAGUAGUCAGUGUGGUAAAGUUUUGCACUUUAUACAUGAAUAAAACUUUGUGUGCAAUCAAUCUGUUAAAAACUUUGCAUAUUACAGUAGCCUUUGAGUGCCUAAAAAACUAAUACUGAAGAGCUCCUUAUUAUAAAGUAUUUGGUAAGAUGUUAGCCAAAACACUUACAUUCAGUUGCACAAGAGUAUUUAUUCUGGAGAAGAAAAAUUGACAGUGUCAACAAUCUGUUCAAGCAUUAUAUCUGUCUUUGUUUUGUUUGUACCUACAAACUCAUGUGAACAAAAGCCCUUUGAAUUUAAACAGUAAGGCAACCCUUUUAGAUUUCAUACUUCUUCAAUUACAUGAAAUAACUAAUUCAGAUGUAAAACUUUAUGGAUGUGUAUUAGUGCCUUUUCUGUUUUUGUAAUAUAAUGUCUAUGUCAACUUAUAAAUGAGUUUAAUUUGGCCCUUGGUUCCAGAGGUGUACAGGAUAUCCAUGAAAGUGGCAUGGCAACAAGUGUCGGACAUGGCAGCUAAAGCAAGAGGCUAAGAACUCAGAUCCCUAAUCUGCAGCCUGAAGCAGACUGGAAACGGAAAUGAUGCAUGGAUAUAAAUUCUCAGAGCACUACCCCCAGUGACAUAUUUCCUCCAGCAGUGCAGUAUUUCCUAAAUCUUCCUAAAUGAUACCACCAACUGAGAAGGAUUGGUUUCUCUGACUUCAAGACUACACACUUGCUUUCUGUUAUAUGAACCAACUCAUGAUAAAGAAAAAAUCUGCAAGUAAGCCUUUAGAUGCCUCAACACCUGUCUUACAGGAAUUAAUGCUUACAAGAGAUAACCUUUCAUAAGUGAAAACUUGUUUGUUUAAAGAUUUGUUUUCAUUUUAAUUGCAUGAUAUCAGUGUGUAUUUGUAUGUGCAUGUGUAUGCUGCUUCCCAAGAAGGUUAGACCCUUGGAUCAUCUUAUAGCAGGAAUUACAGAAAGUUGUCAAAUACCAAACCUUGGUCCUGGAAAUGAAUUUUUCUUAACUGCUCAGCCAUAUAUCUAGUCCUAUAAAUAUUUUACAGCCUAUUUACAUCAUUUUGAAGUCAGGAAAUAGGGAAGAACUCAUACAAGAGAAAAUCCCUAUUCAUGUAAAUGAUUUGGUAAAGACUUUAGACAUCACAGUUGUCUUUUAAGUCCAAGAAAAAAAAUCUUGUUUCAUUUUCAUCAUAUCUUUGAAGGAAGUAAAUUACUUACCAUGUUUAAUCAAGACUGAUAGUGGUGAUCAAUGCAUUGUGGUUUCUAUUUUGAAACAUUUGAUGUAGAUACUAAAGUGUGUUAUAUGUAUGGUUAGUGACAUUUAUGUUUUGGUCCUUAUAUUUCUCAUGUGGCUUUUGUUGUUCUUCUAUUGUGCUUUUACUUAGUGAUAGGUAGUUUUCUGCUGCAAUGUAUAGAAUGGAAUGCCCAUCAUGUAAGUAAUCAUUGUUUAUUUAAAUAUCAGGCAGUAUGUGAACAUAUUGUCAAGGAAAGGAUGUCUGUGAAAUGGUCGUGGGUUGUUGUUCCUGGUUUUGUUUUUCAUAUUAUCACAAAUUCCCUUGAAAUUUUGUUGUUCAUUAUUCAGUGUUCCUUGGAUAUCAGUAAUUAUUCAGGAAUACAUUUGAACUCAUGAUCCUUUUGUGUUAACCUUCUGAGUACAAGUCCAAGAGUAGGUGAUGUAGUCUCAAUAUUUGCUGUUUUGUCAAUGCAAUUUAACAUUGUUAAAGUUAAAAUGUUUAUAGAAGAGAAUAAAAGAAACAUUAAAUAACUCGUGUAUAUUCA